CGGGACUGCGGGCCGCGCGGGCGACAGCGCGGGUGUUCGAAUUGGCGCUUGGUGGCGUUGCCAUGGGGAUGUGGCCUGGCCGUCUUCGGAGACUGGCGGGUGGGACUGGACACUCCACUCGCCAGCCUUGGGGCAGUCUCCAGGCGGCGUCCUUUUCUCCGGUUCUCAGAGAGAGCUGACUGAAGGGGACCGGUCGGAAGCCCCCACGCUUUUAUAAAAAAAUUAUUCACAAAAAUGGCAUCCUGGUUGUAUGAAUGUCUUUGUGAAGCUGAACUUGGACAGUAUUAUCCUCAUUUUACUGCCCUUGGACUUCAGAAAAUAGAUGAAUUAGCCAAAGUUACAAUGAAAGACUACUCUAAAUUGGGGGUCCAUAACAUGAACGACCGCAAACGUCUCUUCCAACUCAUCAAAAUCAUUAAGAUUAUGCAGGAGGAAGAUAAAGCUGACAGUAGUCCAGAGCCUCCUCUUCAGACAAGCAACCUGUGUAUCAAGCCUCAGGAAUUGAGACCUGGCCCUCGAAGACAGUUGCAUUUUGAUUCUCCUGAUGACAACAAAGACAGAACUGCUAGCAAUGCAAUGAACAGUUUAUUGGAUUUCUCUGCAGAUGAGCAGAAGUCCACUUACCUGGAAGUGCCAGAACACAUGCUACCACAUGAUUCCCAGUAUCAUUCAGAAAUAAGAGCUCUCCAUGACAUGGCUUCUGAUUCCUAUGUGCAGAUAGAAACUAACACUGCAGUCUUUUCAUCAAAUCACUUCUCUCCAAUACUAGGAAAUUGUGAUUUUCCCGUUAUUCAAAGAGUCUCUCAUGUUUCAGGGUAUAACUAUGGAAUUCCUCAUUCUUGUAUCAGACAGAACACCUCAGAGAAUUCUUGGACCGAGAUGGAAAAAAUCAGAGUUUGUGUUCGAAAACGCCCUCUGGGUAUAAGGGAAAUUCGUCGUGGAGAAAUUAAUAUUAUUACUGUAGAAGACAAAGAAACACUACUUGUACAUGAGAAGAAAGAAGCAGUCGACCUCACACAAUAUAUUCUUCAGCAUGUUUUUUAUUUUGAUGAAGUCUUUGGUGAGGCUUGCACCAAUCAGGAUGUGUACAUGAAGACUACAUAUCCACUCAUUCAGCAUAUUUUCAGUGGAGGCAAUGCUACUUGCUUUGCAUAUGGACAAACAGGUGCUGGAAAGACCUAUACCAUGAUAGGAACUCAGCAGAACCCUGGACUGUAUGCUCUGGCUGCCAAAGAUAUAUUCACACAACUGGAAGUAUCUCAGCCAAGACCCCUCUUCGUAUGGAUCAGCUUCUAUGAAAUUUACUGUGGACAGCUUUAUGACCUCCUAAAUAGAAGAAAAAGGCUCUUCGCCAGAGAAGAUAGCAAGCAUGUGGUACAGAUAGUGGGACUUCAGGAGCUCCAGGUGGACAGUGUGGAGUUCCUCUUAGAGGUGAUCUUAAAAGGCAGCAAGGAGCGCAGCACCGGGGCCACUGGGGUUAAUGCAGACUCCUCCCGCUCCCAUGCUAUCAUCCAAAUUCAGAUCAAAGAUUCAGCCAAGAGGACAUUUGGCAGGAUCUCCUUUAUUGACUUGGCGGGCAGUGAAAGAGCCGCAGAUGCCAGGGACUCAGAUAAACAGACCAAGAUGGAGGGCGCAGAAAUAAACCAGAGUCUCCUGGCUCUGAAGGAAUGUAUCCGAGCACUGGACCAGGAGCACACCCACACUCCAUUCAGGCAGAGCAAAUUAACCCAGGUCCUGAAAGACUCUUUCAUUGGCAAUGCCAAAACUUGUAUGAUUGCCAACAUCUCACCAAGCCAUGUGGCUACUGAACACACUCUGAAUACUUUGCGCUAUGCUGACCGGGUCAAAGAACUAAAGAAAGGCAUUAAGUGUUGUGCUUCAGGUACCAGUCGAAACCGGUCAUCUGAAAACUCCUCUCCAAAACGAAUUCAGAGUUCCCCUGUAGUCCUGCCAGGGGACAAGUGUUCUCCAAAAAAAGUCAAGCUGGGGCUUCAGCUGUCACUCCCAGGGGCAGCAGGCUCCACGAGAGGGAAAGCCUAUCCCCUGGUGAGCCACCCUCCAAAUGUCCCUUUUGUCUCUGUACCUAAAGGCCCUGGUAAAAGGGGUGGCUCCAGAGGGAGUCCUCCCCAAGAGUGGGUCGUGAAGACCAGCCUUGCCAAAGGAACCACACUGUCUGGACAUUGUGCCAAAAAAGGAGCAGAAGAGUCAGCACCAUUAUUCUCUGAGAAAAACGUAACUGGCCAUAAGACGGCCCCUGGGUGGGCAGGCAGGGGCCCAGGCCCUGGAGAAGGCCUGGCGCAUGGCAAGCUACCUACCAGGUGCAAGAAAGUACAAACUGUGCGGCCAGUACAGAAACAGCUUGUACCACGAGUGGAUUUCUGCUCUAGCAACAACCACCAUUUAGCAGAGCAAAGUCAAGAUGGCAAGACAGGCAUGCCUGCCAGGCUUAAUUCUGAAGCUUGGACAAAUAUCCCUCCACAUCAGAAGGAAAGGGAGGAACAUUUGCGCUUCUAUCACCAACAGUUCCAGCAACCACCUCUCCUCCAGCAGAAGUUAAAAUACCAGCCACUGGAAAGGUUUUUAUGCCCAAAGAGGCCCUCGGAAGGUGAGCUCCAGAGUGAGGCUUCCUCUGUUUCCCACCCGGACAGCCACGAUGGAGCCCCAGCCGAGGACCUCGAUGACAGUGACUUCAGUGAAGAUUCUUUUUCACACAUUUCAAGUCAGAGGACCACAAAGCAAAAGAACAUACCCCAGAGUGAAAACUCAUUUUUCCUGCAUCAGAGUGGGGAGCAGGAUCCUGAGAAGCAGGCGGCAGAAAGGCGGCAGUGUCUGCUUUUUAGCUCCAAGAUGGAUGGUGAUGAAAAGGAUCUAACUGAGAGAUGGGUGUAUUCUAGGGACCUCAUAAGAAGUCACAAAAGAGCAGCAUUCAAUCCUAGCCACAGUGCAAGGAAGGUGUGCUUAGACUGGAGUGGAGAGGAGGACUCUUCCUCCUCAGGGCCUUCUCCCAGAGACAACUUGGCAGAAAAGCCUUCCUGCUCACAGGUAGACUUUAUAUACCACCAGAAACAAGGUGGAGCCCCCAUCUUUGACAUAGGACAAGACACCUUCACAAGUGGGGCUCCUGGGCCGGCUGAGGGCAGUUCACCAUCCCUAGAAGAUGGGUUUUCUUCGCUAUCUCAUAUUGCAGUUCCCGGAUCCCCAGACGAAAGAGACACAGUCCUCACAGUGCAACGAGAAGUGGGUGAAGGCAGCCCAUCUCAGCCUUUCCAGGAAGACUCCAAACAGCCAUUAGGCACCUGUUCUGAACAUGCUUCUGGACUAAUGACUCCUCUCACAGUGUCCCUCCUGGAGACCCCAGCUGAUAAGGGCCCUUCUCCCUUGGAGCAGCUGAUCCAGGAUGGGGCAGAGCUCACAGGGGGGCCGGCUAUGGGCCACGUGGUAUCCUCUGGUGAUCGAGAGACGGCCUUAUCAUUAUCUUCAGCCACGGGGCGCCUGUGGCUGUCCUCAUCUCCACCUGACAACAAGCCUGGGGGUGAUCUCCCAGCUCUGUCCCCAUCACCCAUCCACCAAUACCCACAGGACAAGUUGCCCAACAGGGAUGCUGAGCUGGGAGAGGUCUGCCAGGGCACAGAGCCUGCACUCUACACCCAAGAACAUGUGGGUAAUGAGCAGUAUGAUGCUGAUGCUGAGGAAACAGAGUUGGGUGGCCCCUGGGGUUUCCUAGGAAAACCCUUCUCUAAUAUCCAUACUGGGGUAUCCCACCCUGGACCUGUACUCACCCCACAUACAGGAAGUAGUGGUAUCACUCGUCAGCCAUGGGUACAGAAGAUAAAGCAUCGUUCAGAGCAUAGUUGGCAGGAGCUGGGCUUGUCCACAGACCCCAUCAGGUUGUCUUGCUACAAUGAGGACAGCGCAUGGCUCAAAAGCAGGCCAGAAUCAAGGUGCUUAGCAACUCUAGACUCUCCUCUGGUACUCCGCUGCUCUGCCAAGACAGCAGGGUUACUUGGUCAGCCCACCCUGAAGCAAGCACAGCAGGUGGUCAUCCGUGCACACCAGGAGCAAAUGGAUGAAAUGGCUGAGCUGGGAUUCAAGGAGGAGACCCUGAUGAACCAGCUAGCUUCUAACGAUUUUGAAGAUUUUGUGACCCAGCUGGAUGAAAUCAUGGCUCUGAAAUCCAAGUGUAUUCAGAGUUUGAGAAGCCAGCUGCAGCUGUACCUCACCUGCCACAAGCCUGCUGCAGCAGCCCCUGAGAGAACAGCGGUAUCGUAGAACAAGACCUUCCAGCAGAUGGUGGGGCACUGUAGGCGUGUUCAGGGGCAAGACCCCUGCCAGUUCCUCCCUGCACAUACCCACUCCUAGGUUCUACCUGGACUAGCCUUACCCACACAUGCAUGGUCUUGUAUGGGACUAGCUCCUCCCUCAGUUUCAAGCUCAGAGCAUCUGUAAGGAAGGAAGGGCCGGUUAGUCCUUUAAUGCCCAUUCCUUUACUUGGGGGCUCACAACAUUUGCAUUCACUCACCCUAUGUCUAUGGGAAGACAUGUCUCUAAGCCCAAGCUUGAGGAUCAGAGAGAGCAAGUUGGUAACCUGGAGGUCAGAGGUCACAAACCAGGGAAGACAAUAUGCUGAGCCCAGGGGCUUUAUCAGCUGAAUUCUGUGCCUUUCUGUCUUCAAAGACUAAAACAUCAGCACCAAACUAAACUGGAUGCUAGUAGUACAGUGGUAUGGUAGGAUGCGCAGAUGCAUCACCAAGCCCAUGGGGAUAGAUUACAUUUUAGGAAGUGUAAAAUGAAUAAACUUUAAUGUGUCUUUAA